AUGUGAACUCAACGACCAAAGUCUUCAAUCCUUCCUUGAUAAGCAACCAGCACCAAUCACCCAAAAACCCCUCUCUCUCUCACUCCUAAAACACAGCUUAAACUCUCUCUCUACAAAUUUACAGUCAUGAGUAGCAACUCAGUUCAUCAGAACUCCGGCUGCUUCAAUAUCAUCCUGCGCAGGCUUCUGUGCAAUGGAAGCGUUCCGACUCAUCCAUCAGACCAAAUUUCAGAUUCUAACACAACCCAGCUCGCAAAACCCCCAAGAAAACAAAACCCUGAUCCCAAAAUUCAGUCUUCAGCUUCUGUCACGCCUGGAAUCGUGGCAAGGCUGAUGGGUUUGGACUCGUUGCCGGAAACAAAUUGGGUUUCAAGAGGCCCGGACUUGGUCAGUCGGAGUAGGUCACUGAGUUUUGCAGAUUACUUGAUGGAUUUCGACUCGAAUGAUCAUCAGAAUCACCAGCAUCGAAGGGUUCGAACUUCGGUCUCUUUUCGCGAAGUCCCGGAGGUAAUGAAUGGUCAGAAGAGCAGCCAUGAUUUUGUGGUUGUGUAUUUGGACAAUGUGGGUGAGAAAUCGAAGGAAGUUGGGUCGAAGGUGAAGAAAUCCGAGUUGAGUUUUGGGGAGUUGAGGCAGGGGAAGAAGGAACAGAGGAACAAGAACAAGGAGAAAAACAGAGAGAUUGGUGAGAUUAUGAAGGAGGAGAAGAAGGAGAAAAUAGUAAUGAUAAAGCAAAACAAGAACAUUUGUAGGUUAAAAGAUGAGCCCAGAAGGGAUUUUGGUGCCAAAUCUUCAAAGGGUUCUAAAAAUGGUGGUGCAAAUUUGAAGGGGGAGAGAGAAAAUAUUGCAAUGAAGAAGACAACCCAGAAGAAGAAAGUUGUAGUGGAACCAAGAAUCAAGAAGAGAAAGCAGAAAAUUGAAGCUGAAAAGGAAAAAGUGGCUGCAGAUUUUCAUGGUUCCUCAGAGAAUGAUACAAGUGUUGCUUCUGUUCUUGGCAUUGAUGACAUUUUGAUCGAGCAUGAAGCUUGGUUAUCAGGAUAUUCAAUUCCCAUGGAUUUGAACUCUAAGGUGAAACCGUCGCCAAAAGCUCCAUUUAGUGACAGAUCAGAAGUGAACGCAGCUAAAAGGAAAGAUUUUGAGCCGAUUAGGGAGGAGGAAACCAGAGACUACGCAGAGCUGCUGGCUUCCAAAAUCCAAAAUUGGAUAGAGGAGGAUUUGAAAGAAUCAAAUUGGGUGGCCAAGAAUGCGGUCGGGUUCGAAGGUUUCGAAGAAAUCUGCGAGGAAUUUGAAGGGCGGAUUCUGGACAUGCUAGUGCACCAGACCAUUGAUGAAUGUAUUGAGAUUUCUUAUGAAAAUAUAUGGGGAAAUCUGUGGACUUGCAAUGCUACUGCUUGAAGAACAAGGAAACUCUUCUGAAAUGUCGUAAAUAUUCUUCGAUGUUUCAAACCCUAGACUUUUAGUUGAAGCUUGAGCUCUUCCAUUUAGGUGUGAAAGGAGUUCGAGCCUUUUAGCGACAGCUGAGGCACUGACACAAGUAUAGCAGCAACGAAAGCAAUUGGAAUAUGUGCUUGCUUACACCUCCUGCCUCCAUAAAAUUGGCAGGAUUUUGUAGUAUUUUCCAUGAAAUUCUAAAUGUAAUUUCAAUGAGUUUAUACACUUUGUCUUGUGAAAAUGUUGAAUAAUUAUAAUCUUAUAAACUGAUUAGCAUUGACUAUGA